AUGCAAGCUCGAUCAAUUGGAGCAGGCGACAAACCUAUCGCCGUGAUGCGCUUCCUGAGAGACGGUGGUACCAGUGAUGACGAUGCCGACAAUGAAAUCAUGCUCGAUGAGGAACGAGGAUACCUCGAGAAAUUGAUCAUCAAGUAUGGGCUAAAGCUCAACAACGAGGUAAACUUGAUAAUGAACACGAAGCCACACGAGAUACUCGCGUCGCUAGCGGCUAACAACGUUCCGAUGUCCGAACAACUCUUGCUCGAGUGGUUAAAGUACGUUCUAAACUACACGAAGAAGAUACCGACAAGUUCAUUUUUGGUGGACGAUAAGUAUUGUAACGAAUCCACUUAUCUUGCUCGGUUCGUGGAGCAGAUCGUACUCGCGUGUGUGCUUCCUGCGAGUGUCCUGGGUUCGUCGGGUUACUGA